AUGGCUUUUGCUAUAGAUUGUGUUCAGCAAGUUCUAUUCAACAGUUUAUUGCUGAUUUUUGGGGAUUGCCGUACACUGUUGAUGCAACCUUUCUGUGUUCAGGUGGAGAGGCUUGAGAAAGACAAUAAAAGAAGGCGAAGUAUCAUAGUCAUCAGGUUUUAUUUUCAGCAUGGAAAUUCUCGUUUAAAUCGAGCUAGAAAGCUCCUUCUUGAACGAAGCAAAUGGUAUAUUAGUCGCCUUAUGAGCAUUACCCCUCAACUUAGAGAAUUUCACGCAUUAACAGCGAUAAAGGAUAUUCCUCUACUUCCUAUUAUCUUAAACCCUGUCUAUCAUUGCUUAAACAAAUAUGGAAAAGAAGAUCUCAGUAAGCUGACUCAGCCCUUGCAGCGAAUUCUUGAGUCUUCAUACAAUGACAGCCAACUUCAUGCUAUCAGUGCAGCCAUUGGACUACGGGAUACAAGAAAAGAUUUUGAAUUAUCUCUUAUACAGGGUCCUCCAGGUACUGGGAAGACUAGAACUAUUGUGGCUAUCGUGAGCGGUUUGCUUGCCUUGUCUCGCAUGAAGAAGAGUCCACUAAAUGGUGCUAUAAGACCUAGCACUACUUUGUGUACUAAUUCAAGAGUGAAGAUUUGUCAAUCUGCUGCAGUUGCAAGGGCCUGGCAGGAUGCAGCCUUGGCUAGACAAUUAAAUGAGGAUGCAGAAAAAAACUGCAAAACUAUGGCUGGUUGCACAAGGGGAAGGAUCCUCAUUUGUGCACAAUCCAAUGCUGCAGUUGAUGAGUUGGUGUCAAGAAUAUCCAGUGAAGGCCUAUAUGGAAGUGAUGGACUGAUGAACAAGCCCUAUCUUGUUAGGGUUGGUAAUGCAAAGACAGUUCAUCCGAAUUCCAUUCCCUUCUUUAUUGACACACUUGUUGAUCAGCGUUUGGCCGAGGUGAGAAUGAAUGCAAGUGACACAAAAAAUGAUUUGAGUUUGGAUUCCUCAGCAAUUCUCCGUUCUAAUCUGGAGAAGUUAGUGGACCGUAUCAGAUUUUAUGAAGCCAAGCGUGCCAACGUAAGGGAUGAAAAUUCUGACUCGAAGAAUUUGCUGGAAGGAGAGGCUUCUAAAGGGGAGGAUGGGAAGGAAAUGUCUGAUGGAGAAGUAGAGUCAAAGUUAAGAAAAUUAUAUGAUGAAAAAAAAGCAAUUUAUGUAGAUCUUGGCACUGCUCAGGCACGAGAGAAGAAAACUGAGGAAGAAAGUAAAGCUCUUAAGCAUAAAUUGCGGAAAUCCAUACUGAAGGAAGCUGAAAUUGUGGUCACUACAUUGAGUGGCUGUGGUGGAGACCUGUAUGGAGUAUGCUCUCAAUCUAUUUCAAAUCACAAGUUUGGCAAUGCAUCUGAGGAUACAUUGUUUGAUGCUGUUGUGAUCGAUGAAGCUGCUCAAGUAUAA